UCACCAUAAUAAAUGUUCACUUACGAAGUGUGGUGAGGGCCAUGAACAGGGUGUGGUGAACCGGGGAGGCUUCCCUGAGGAUGAGGAAUCAGCUGAGGAGGGCAGUCAAGGCCAAGGCUGGAGAUUCCUCUGGAGGAUGGAUUUCAUGGAACCAAGUGAGGAGCACAGGCAUUGGGGGCAGAGAGCUGUUGUAGUUGUUUAGACUUUUCCUCCAACAUGAUGAUUGAGCCAAACAAAGCACUUGAAGCCCUUAGCACUGAGCUAUUGAUUCCUGAUGACAACUGCAGUCAGCUCCCCAGAUGAGCAAGAGGGCCUCAGGCAGCAGUCCGAGCACCUCCACCACCUCUUCCCUCCCCCUCCCAUCAGCUCUGCUUUGGGCACCCCCAAGCCCUGUGCUCUUGACCCUCCACCCAGAUCUUUGGCUUGGGGCGCAGUGAGGAAGCUGCGAAGAACCCAGGGGCAGGGCUGCGCUGCAAUAACCUGGCAGGUUCUAGAAGCUUGCAACCAGGACACAAGAGACCACAACGAUGGCAGGCCCCCGGCACCCCGUGUCUGUGCGUGCUGCAGCCUUGUUGCAGACGGAGCGGUUCCAGGCGUUCACCUUCUCCGUGCACUGGUCAGAUGACAGUGACACUUUCGUGCGCAGGAGCUGGGACGAGUUCAGGAGGCUUAACAAGACACUCAAGGAGACCUUCCCGGAGGAGGCAGGCCUGCUGCGGAGAUCCCACCGUGUUAUCCCCAAGCUUCCGGACACAUCGCUUUUGGUGCGCAGUGGGCGCACAGGCCGCGGCCUGGCGCACCUGAGGCAGCUGGACACCUAUUUGCGGACGCUGCUGGCAGCGCCGGAGCACGUGUCCCGGAGCCCAACGCUCACCAGCUUCUUUGAGCCGCAACCCUCAGACCUGGAUCCCACGCUGCCACCUGGCAGCCUAGUGAUCCUGCCGGCCCCUGAAGAGCCCCUUCACCGCCCUGCGGGCAGCCUUGCCAUCCGCAGCCUGAAAGCUCAGAGCCUGCGCUGCCUGCAGCCCUUUCACACUCAGGACACACGGGGUCAGCCCUUCCAUGCAGAGGCCCACGAGGCCCUGAAUGUGCUGCUGCGACACCCCUCAGGCUGGUGGCUGGUGGAGAAUGAAGACCGGCAGACAGCAUGGUUUCCUGCUCCUUACCUGGAGGCGGCGGCCCUGGGCCAGGGGCGAGAGAGGGGAGCGCCCCUAGGGAAUAGUGGGUCCCAGUUCUGUGCUUCUUGUGCCUAUGAGAGCAGCCAGGCUGAUGAGCUGUCAGUGCCAGCAGGGGCGCGUGUGCACGUGCUGAAAACAUCUGACCGUGGCUGGUGGCUGUGCAGGUUCCGCGGGCGUGCUGGUCUUCUCCCUGCUGUGCUGCUGAGGCCUGACGGGCUGGGCGCACUCCUGAGUGGCCCAGGGCUCCACUGUGGGGCCGACAGUGGGGAGGAUGGUGCAGGGGAGGCCCGAAGCUCCCCUGAACCUUUCCAGACCAUGACCAUUCCCCCUACUGUGCCGGCCCGACCCCCACUGAGUGCCAUACAGAGCCGCUGCUGCACCAUCACCCGUAGGGCACUGGGGCAGGACCGAAGGGAUCAGGGACACCCUUGAGGGUAUGUGGAACUGCGUGGAGAGCUGUGCCAUGCACCCCACAGCUGGAGCGGCAGGCCAGAGGCUCCAGACCCGCAGGAUGACUGAUGGCAGCCACACCACCCCUAGGGCUGGGGGAGGAGCAUUUGAGAGUGGGUCUCCCUGGCUGGCAGGGCCAAAAGGUUACUUCCUCUGAGUAAAGCUCUUCUGGUUAACCCACACCCUGUGUCUGCGCUGAAGGGCA